CUUCUCCUUUAAAUAAUCCAUUCCUUUAGCUUCACUCCUACUCAAAAACCCAAAAGAUGUUUCCCCAAAAAUAAAACACGUCCUCAUCAUUCUGUUUGUCCACACACCCUUUCAUAUAAUCCUCCCUUCAAAACCUUUCUCUAGCACUCCACCCUCUCCACAUGCCAUGAGCUUCCCUCCAUCUACUGCAUCUGGUGCAAUGAAAGUGUUUCGCGGAAAGCUACAUUUUCCAAUUAUCAUGGUCUGCGCUAUCGCCUUCAUCAGUCUCCUCUACACCGAACGGAUUGGCAUCAUUCUUUCCUCCAACCCUUUUUUCAAAGUUAAAUCAUGUUCCAAAACCAAUGCCACUUCGAAAAAUCAAAAUAGAAAUGCUACACUGGAUAAGUUGAGGGAUACCAUAUUAGAUGAUAGGUUUGAGUUUGACCCUGAGGAGUGCAGUAUUGAAAAUGGAAAGUGGGUGUUCAACCGUUCGAUCAAGCCUCUUUACUCGGAUAGAAGUUGCCCGUAUCUUGAUAGGCAAGUUUCGUGUGUCAAGAAUGGACGUCCGGAUUCUGGCUAUCGCUACUGGCAAUGGCAGAUCCAAGAUUGCACAUUGCCAAGAUUUGAUCCAGAAGUUGUUCUUAAGAAGCUUAGCGGAAAGAGGCUACUUUUUGUUGGCGAUUCUUUGCAAAGAGGUCAAUGGCAAUCUCUAGUCUGUAUGGUUGAAUCCAUCAUACCAGAGGACCAAAAGUCCAUACGACGCGGGCACUCUCACACAGUCUUCAGAGCCAAGGAGUAUAAUGCAAGUAUUGAAUUCUACUGGGCUCCAUUUCUUGUUGAUUCCAAUUCUGAUGAACAGAUAAUCGGAAAUCCGAAGGAAAGAAUACUAAAAGUGGAUUCAGUUGCCAAGCAUGCCAAAUACUGGACAGGAGUUGAUAUCCUUGUGUUCAACACUUACGUUUGGUGGAUGAGCGGCUACACGAUCAAAUCAUACUGGGGCUCGUUUCCAAACGGAGAAGAAGGGUACGAAGAAUUGGAAGCACCGGCUGCCUACAGAAUAGCAUUGAAGACAUGGGCUAACUGGGUCGACACAAAUGUGAAUCCGAACAAGACCCGUGUUUUUUUCACUACUAUGUCCCCUACCCACAUGAGAAGCGCAGACUGGGAAAAUCCAGACGGGAUGAGAUGCUUCAACGAAACAAAGCCAUACAUGAAAAAGGGAUUCUGGGGAACUGGUUCGGACAAGAAGAUCAUGCGUGUGGUGUCCGAAGUAAUAAGCAAAAUGAAAUUUCCGGUUUCAGUACUCAAUGUAACGCAGAUGUCAAAUUACAGAGUUGAUGCUCACACAAAAGUUUACACCGAAACCGGAGGCCAGGUACUAACUGAUGAGCAAAAGGCUGAUGUGCUGCACAAUUCAGAUUGCAUACAUUGGUGCCUUCCUGGAGUUCCAGACACAUGGAAUCAAAUUUUUGUUGCACAUUUAUAGCGAUAAGAAUCGAAAGUAACACGUUUCUGAUUUCUGUUCAAGAUUCUUGUUUCAUUUUAUUUUUUUAAUUGAAUUGAAUUGAAUUAGUACAGCAACAGCUGCUGAAGCAA